AUAGUAAAUGAUCCGACAGCACCUGUAGUACAACUCCUGAAAUGUAUCAGUCGUUUGGACACCGCAGCGGUUUUGCCCAAAUUAGGCGUUCCCCGCAACAAGAACCAGGAGUACUGUAACCUGAAUAAGCCCACGUCCAGCGACAUCCAGUGCGACGCUAAGUACAAGUACCGGCUCAUGAACGGCCAACCGCAGCGCGACAUCCAGUGCGACGCUAAGUACAAGUACCGGCUCAUGAACGGCCGGUGCAAUAACCUCCGUAACACCAACUGGGGCUCCAGUUUCCACUGUCAUCGGCGCCUACUGCCCCCGGACUUCGCUGAUGGUAUCAACAUUCCCAGGGCUGGCACGCAGGGUCAGGUGCUGCCCAGUCCUAGACUCCUAACGGAGUUUAUUAUGCCAGAUAUCCCGGUGCCCGAUAAGAAAAGGACCGGUAUGAACAUGAUGUGGGGCCAGUUCAUGGUUCACGAUAGCUUUAGGACGAUACAGAAUUUGGGCCUGGCUAUUAAUUGCUGCUUGAUACCUAAUGUGACUGUCCACCCGGAGUGCGCCCCCAUAACUAACUUCCCUCAGGACGAGGCCACACAAGCCUUCAAUAAGCAACAGUGUAUUAAUACCGUGCGAUCGGCCUCAUGUAAUACCUGUAGUUUAGGGCCCCGGGAUCAGCUGAACGUGGCUACCCAGGUGCUCGAUCUGUCCAACCUUUAUGGCGGAAAUCUAAUCGAUGACACAUUAACCCUCAGGAGUUUCGUUAAGGGACAAAUGAGAGGCUCGUUGGAUAUCAAUGGCAACGAAACCCUACCGGUGCGACGACUGCCAAAGGAGCAGGAUACUCUAGACCUGACCCCCUGUAAUGAGCCCUUGAAUAACCCGGAGCUCACGUGCUAUCACUCCGGCGACGGUAUUAGGGGUAACCAACAGCCCGGUGUUAACUCAAUACACAUUAUGAUGAGAAAACGGCAUAACCAACACGCAAAGGCCCUGGCUUAUGUCAACCCCCAUUGGGAUGAUGAGACCCUGUUCCAAGAGGCCAGCAAAUAUCUCACACAUGGGAUAGUGGGAGGGGAACGGGAGGUCGAGAUAGAGGGAUAG